UCUGCCUGUUUUCACUUUUCCUUUUGAUUUCUGCGAUGUCGUGUUGGAGGAUUUCUUUUGCUAACAGCGGUUGUAUUUCUUACAAGUUCUUUUGAAUCCUUAACUGAAUAUUUUGUUUAUAGUUUCCAUAACUUGUUCUACGUAUGAUUCCUCUCCGCUAAACCGUAGAACACCGUGUUACGGUUUUCCCGUGAUCAGCUCGAAUCUGAAGCACCUGUUGCUUCUUAUCCAUAUUUGCUUUUUUUCUCCUCUCGUUUUCCACAAUUGUGUGACAACCAGUUUUUCCAUCCCGUAUCCUCCCAUAGCAAUGAUGCCGUCGAAUCGUCGCAACACCGUCAUGCAGCCGUCGACAUCCCACUGUCCGCUGACCAAAACUCCGAUCGAGAUUCUGAUCGUCGAUGAAGAACUGGACUACAGCGAUCCCGGUGAUCUGCUCAACGCCAGCAGCACGAACGCCAGCGAUCGCACAUCGUCCACGGCUUCUUCCUCUAUCAAUGCCUCGCUACAGAGCACCCCGGAAUCCGUUGAGAUAGACGGAGGGAAUAAAGAGAAUCGAGGCGAGAAGCUGGUGCAGAGCAUGCUGCAACAUGAUCGUUUUCAUGAGGAAUUGGAUUAUGGCGUCGACGAGGAGGAUGAGGCGAUCGCUGUGGAUGAGGAAGAGAUGGCGGCGGAAGAUGGUGCAGUAGAGGAAGUGGGAGCGGAUGGUAUGGAGAUGGCGGAGACGACGCUGAAUCUGACAGGAGACGACCUGGAUCGGUUUGUGGAGGAUGUGGUGAAUGGGUUGGCUGAAGGGAGUUGUGUCAAUGAGGACAUCGAGCAGGCCUUCAACUUCACGGAUUCGGGUAUCGGAAGCAGUUUGAGCGUAACCAGCGGUUCACCGACUGCGACGACAAAAUCCACAACCGCAUCCAAUGCCUCGACUGCUACUCGCAUCAAUGACGCCAUCCCGCGUCUGCCCGCUCCGCAGUCUCCGGAAAUCUUCCCACCGGGGUACAACACUACGCCACCGGCUUGUGCUCAUGCCGAUAUCACGAAGAAGCUGUGCUAUCUGGCUUACCAUGAACUGCCGGGAUAUCCGCUGUUACAAACCAGCUACACCUUUCUCAAGCGGCGCUAUCCUCCCGUACGGCAUCAGUUCCUCCAUGUGUGCCACUAUGAGACGGAGAAGGAGCUCAUGCAGCGGUUGUGUCACUUUCUGACGGAUACCUUUGAUUACGAUAAGGUGGUGAUUAUUGCGAAACGCAGUGAGCGGGCGGAGGAUAUUCGCAAUGCGUUGAAGCAUCUGUGUGAUUUGGAUUCGUUGCUCAUUACGGAUGAAUCUCCGAAGGAGCGGAAUACGAAGAUCUUCGAUCAUUUCCAGCGCGGCACACGCCGCAUCCUCGUGUGUCCGGCCAGCACCCAUCCACCGAGCCGGUGUCUAUCCGGUGUUAAUCUCGUCGUGUACUGGAACAGCCCGUGGACGGGAAUCCAUUUCGAGUGGAUGCUGGACCGACUGCCCGCUAAAGCGCUCAUCUUGAUGGUGCUGAAGCAGCAGCAUGACUGGAAAUAUCUGCAGCUGUGUAAAGAACGCUACGGGAUUGUCUUCCCCGAAUUGGAUGUUGACUCGCGGAAUGAGGAUUAUGCGGGAUUUAUUAACGCUCGCUUUCGCAAGGAAAUCUGAGAUUGCGCGACGCAAUUGGAAGUUCCAGUUACGUGCGCCACCGGUGGUUUCUGGGCGGUGGUUUGCCGAUGUAAAGUUUUUAUCGGAAAGCGCCAGAAUUCGUCGUGAAUCCCUGUACAAUAUAGUCGGUGGAGGACUGUGUAAUUGAGAGUGAUGGUGUCGCUUUAGUCUUCUAUCCGCUUCUGUAGAAAAAUCUGUACUUUGGUUGGAAACCUUUCAUGUCGGUACUUACCAAUUGUCUUUAGACUGUGAAUUUGUGACAUUUUAUACUGUUUGAUUCUGUUACAGAUUACUCUAUUUUGUCCGUUCCUCAAAUCUAACCAUCGAGGGCGAUGGAAAAUUAUACUUUUUUUAUGUUUGUUAUCCUUUUAACUUGUCACUUUGGUUUUGUUUGAAUAAUUUAGUUUGUAUUUUUUACAGUUACAAAAGAAUCGAUGCGAUUA